AUGGGCGACCGAGCCAAACUCCAAGGCCUCUCAGAUGAAUACCAGACCCUUCAGACCGAACUAAGCAGCCUCGUCUCCGCCCGCCAAAAGCUCGAAUCCCAACAACAAGAAAACGAGUCCGUUCAAAAAGAAUUCAAAACCAUCGAUGACGACGCCAAAAUCUACAAACUCGUCGGACCCGUUCUGUUGAAGCAAGAGCCCUCCGAGGCGAAGAGCACGGUGGAGGGAAGGUUGGAGUUUAUUGAGAAGGAGAUCAAGAGAAUCGAAGGCAGCAUCAAGGAGAUCCAGGAUAAGAGUGAGGGGAAGAAGAUGGAGAUUCUCCAGAUCCAAUCUCAAAUGCAACAAGCUCAGGCUUGA